AUGGCGUCUAGGUUAGACUCACCUUUCGACCUGGAGCGUUGUGGGCCAGCAGUGGACAUCGCUUUAGACGUAAUUAACGAGAAGUUUCUAGCGCAUCACAAUAUCGAGCUGAAAAAGGUGCAAGGCAGUUACCCUUCGUGCUCCGGCGCCAUCGCCCCAGGCCUGGCGGCAGACAUGCACUUCAAGAAUGACGUGAUAGCUUUCGUGGGCCCCGCCUGCGCCUUCGCCUUAGAGCCCGUCGCAAGACUUGCCGCCUACUGGAACACGCCCAUAAUCACCGGGAUGGGAGACCAGCCACCGUCAGAAGGCGAGCUGGCAGCUCCGGCCAGCGUUGUCAGUCGGAUGCACAGACUUAGGAACUUGCGAAAAGGGACACGCCCCCAGACGUUGUUCAAUGAUAAAGGCAAGUACCCGACGUUGACGCGGAUGUCGUACUGUCAAUGUCGAUUGCCGCGCGUCUUUACCAGCGUUUUCGACCGCUUCGGCUGGGCUCACGUCGCGCUACUCCUAGACAAGUCUGAUCUAUUCUCACUUACUGUCGGUAAGAGUUUAGAAUGGGGUCUACGCAAGGAAGGUGUGCUGAAGGCGGUUCGGGAACUGGACGGCAAUGAGAAGGAAUCGUGCGAGGCGUUGCUACUUGACGUCAGCAUGUACGCUAGAGUUGUGAUCCUGAGCGUGCGCGGCUCUCUGGUUCGAGAAUUCCUGCUGGCUGCGCACGCGCUCGGCAUGACGCGCGGUGACUGGGCCUUCCUCGAUGUUGAGAUAUUUCAAGGCGGGUACUGGGGUGAGACGGGUUGGGAGGCGGGUGACGAACGCGACACGGCCGCGCGAGCCGCCUACGAGGCUCUGCUGCGGGUGUCGCUAAAGCUGCCUACUGGCGACCGCUUCGAUGAGUUCGCGGACACCGUGCGUACACGAGCCAAGGACCACUACGACUACAGCUUCUCUGACGGAGAAGAGGUGAACUUCUUCAUUGGUGCAUUUUACGACGGCGUAUACCUCCUGGGUAUGGCGUUAAACGAAACUCUGACCGAAGGUGGGGAUAUAAGAGAUGGCAGAAAUAUAACGCGUCGUAUGUGGGGGAGAGAUUUUCAUGGUAUCACGGGUCACGUGAGAAUAGAUCCCGUAGGAGACAGGGAUGCAGACUACGCGAUAUUGGAUUUGGAUCCUGUAACGGGAAAGUUUGAGGUGGUCGCGUUCUACUACGGGUUGAACAGCAGUUAUCGUCCGGUGGCUGGCAAGGCGAUACACUGGCCUGGAGGACGCCGCGCGCCGCCGCCCGACACACCGCGCUGCGGCUUCCUCGGUACUGACCCUAUGUGUCAGGGAGAUAGUGAAGUGAAAUUUUUGGUAUUACAUAUAAUGAUAAAAACGUUUAUAUGUUUGCUAAUUUGCACGCUGCUAGAAGCGCAAACAGUUAUUAUAUACUGUUUUAUCGGACUGGCGUUGUUUCUGAUGUUCGCGGUAACAGCCGCGUGUAUCGCGUACAAACAAGCGCGUAUUGACGCGGAGAUGAACAACAUGGCGUGGCGCGUGCGGCCAGAGGAGGUGUUGUUGGAGGUGGGCGCGCUUGGCGCUAGUCCCGCUCUGCAUAGUCUCAACGAGGUCCUUAAGUUGUCACUAAGCUGGAGUCAAACAAAUGCGGUGCCAUCAGUCGGCGGAGCUCCGCUAACCCUGUCUUCCUUCACCGUUGGCUUGUACAAGGGAAAUAGAGUCGCUGUUAAGAAGAUACAUAGAAAAAAACUGGAUUUAAACAAGAAGUUAUUAUGGGAAAUUAAGCAGGCCCGUAACGUGUCCCAUGAGAACACGGUGCGGUUCAUCGGCGCAUGCGUGGACUGUCCGCUGGUGUUCGUGCUAACGGAGUACUGCCCCAAGGGCUCGCUGAAGGACGUUCUAGCCAACGAGGAGCUACAGCUAGAUUGGAACUUCCGCACAUCAUUGGUGCAUGACAUCGUACAGGGCAUGUGCUACUUGCACAGCGGGCUGGGCGCGCACGGCAAACUGCGCUCCUCCAACUGCCUCAUCGACGGCCGCUUCGUUCUCAAGAUCUCCGACUAUGGCCUCAACACGCUCUGCACGCCCACAGACUUAAUAAAGGGCGAUCAAUAUUACUACAAGUUGCUAUGGACGGCGCCGGAGCUGGUGGCGGGCAGCCUGUACCCGGGCGCGGUGGCCUCGCUGAAGGGCGACGUUUACAGUUUCGGCAUCAUCCUCGAGGAGAUCGUGCGCCGCGCCGGGCCCUUCCACCAUUACACGCCUACCAUGUCAUACAAAGAGAUAGUACGCCGUGUGUGCGCGCGCGAGUCGCCGCCGUUCCGUCCGGUGGUGGGCGCGGGCGAAGCUGCCGGCAGCGGCGCGGCGGCCGAGCUGCUGGCGCUGGCUGAGCGCUGCUGGUGCGAGGCGCCCGACGACAGACCCUCCUUCGAUGCUAUCAAUGCUACGUAUAUCAAAGGUUACUGUGAUAACCUGAUGGAUGAUCUACUGCGUCGCAUGGAGCAGUACGCCAACAACUUGGAGUCGCUGGUGGAGGAGAAGACCGAGCAAUUGUCAAUGGAGAAGCGGCGCUCAGAGGAACUGCUUUACCAAGUGCUGCCAAGGCCGGUUGCACAACAACUGAUGGCUGGUGAAGUAGUCCAGCCGGAGAGCUUCGAAUGUGUGACAGUUUACUUCAGCGAUAUUGUCGGCUUCACUGAGCUGUGUGCUGCUUCCACGCCGAUGCAGGUCGUCGACCUCCUUAAUGACCUUUACAGCACAUUUGACAGGAUCAUCGGAUACUACGAUGUGUACAAGGUGGAGACGAUAGGUGACGCGUACAUGGUGGUGUCGGGCCUGCCGAAGCGUAACGGCGACAUGCACGCGCGCGAGAUCUGCCUCAUGGCGCUCGCUGUCGUCGAGGCCGUGCGCACCUUCGCCGUCAGACAUCGCCCCUCGCAUCGCCUCGAAGUGCGGGUGGGAGUGCAUUCAGGGCCGGUGUGCGCGGGCGUGGUGGGAGUCAAGAUGCCACACUACUGUCUGUUUGGUGACACCGUCAACACCGCCAGCCGCAUGGAGUCAACUGGACAACCGUUGAGGAUUCACUUGAGCGAGAGUACGCGGGCGCUGUUGGAGCAGUGGGGCACGUUCACGGUGGAGCGGCGCGGCGAGGUGGAGCUGAAGGGGCGCGGACGCAUGCUGACGCACUGGCUGCUGCGCUGCUCGGAGCCCGCGCCGCACCAGGCCGGCCCGCCCGCGCCGCCGCCCCACUACCCCAUACUGUUCCCCACGCUGCCGCAGCCGAUAGCUUUACACACGCCCUACAUUGUUGUCGAACAACCGACUAUAGCUGGAUAAAGAUGCAGAACUAAAGAGAGGUGGAGGUCGCGUUGAUAACGGCAUAGUGGGCUUCUGUGUAAAGAGUGUCAACCUUAAUUAUGAUGUCUCAUGUCGUUCCCACUUUAUACGAAAACAGUAUAAGGUUUCAUCUUUCAGAUUUAUCAGUCGUAGCUAUCAGUAGUCAUUGUCUUCAACAUGUCAUUUUUAUCACAAAAUUUCAUAUCACGAAAUUAACUGCCGAGAAGCUAGCUACUCUUACUAAUAACGCAAAACCAAGACUUUAAUUUGAAAAGCUUAUUAUUAUAUGUUUUAGAAAUAAGCAGAUAUGCUAAGAUAAAUAAAAUGAUUGACUUAGAAAACACUAUAAAGUUUUAGUGAUGGGAGUAAUCGAGUGUAAUUAGUAUUGAAAAGAAGAGAGUUCAAAAACACAAUAUUCUUUGUUGCAAUAUUGCGCAGUUUGAAGAAAAAAGGUUCUUUUGUUUUUCAAUUAAUUAACGAAGUUUAUUCGAAAGAGAUUGUCUAGAAAUAAAAGUAUUUAUAUUGUAUGCUAAUGACUUUAGAGAGAGAGAGAGAGAGAGAUGACGAUGCUGUUUUUAAUUUAUUUUUAUAUAGCACGGCCUAAACUGUUAUUGUUGCAAUUAUUUGCUUAAUUUAUAAAAAAAAGGUUUAGCUUUUACGUGCCAAAUGAUGUUAUUUACUUUAUGAUGAAUUUAUUUAUAUUUAAUAAGUCAAUCUGUAAUACUGUGUAUAAUUGAAACAUAUUUUUCUACAGAAAUUAUAGAUGCCAUA